AUGGCUACCAAACACAGUUACAUGCUCUGUGGACUAUUCCUCUUACUCAUCGCUGACAGAGCGUUCUCAAUUAUUCCUGAGGAAGAACAGAGUCCCACGUUCUGGAAUGUGAAGGGUAAAGAGGCUAUUAAUAAGGCUCUUAAUUUGAAACCCAACCUUCAUCGGGCCAAGAAUCUCAUCCUGUUCCUGGGAGAUGGAAUGGGGAUAACCACUGUGACUGCAGCAAGGAUUUUGAAAGGGCAGUUGGCUGGGAAGACAGGUGAAGAGAGUGUCCUGGCUAUGGAAACAUUCCCUAACGUUGCCUUAUCCAAGACCUACAAUGUGGACAGACAAAUGCCUGACAGUGCAGCUACAGCAACAGCCUAUCACUGUGGAGUGAAGGCAAACUAUGGUACACUGGGAGUCAGUGCAACUGCCCGCAGAUACCAGUGCGGCUCCGUCAAGGGCAACGAAGUCAAGUCUGUCCUGCACCGUGCCAGGAUGGCAGGUAAAUCAGUGGGUAUCGUGACUACAACACGUAUACAACAUGCCUCUCCUGCUUCCAGUUAUGCACACUCAGCUAAUCGACACUGGUACAGUGACUCUGACCUGCCACCAGAAGCAGUGCAGGGAGGCUGCAGGGACAUAGCCUACCAACUCAUCCAUAACACUGACAUCAAUGUCAUUCUGGGUGGAGGACGCCAGUACAUGCUUCCUAAAGAUACAUCUGAUCCUGAGUACUCAACAGAAAAAGGCGACAGACUGGAUAACACUAACCUUAUCACGGAGUGGCUGAAAAAUAAAAAGAAUGCAAAAUAUGUUUGGAACAAGGCUGAGUUUGAUGCAGUGAACGAAGCUGACACAGAUUAUUUGCUUGGACUCUUUGAGCCAAAAGACACCAGAUUUGAGCUGGACCGUAACCCUGAUACUGAUCCAUCGCUUACUGAGAUGGUGGAGAAAGCCAUUAAGAUCCUCCAGAAAAAUCCAAAUGGAUUCUACCUCUUUGUUGAAGAUAACGGGAGAAUAGAUCAUGCUCACCAUGCAACUCAAGCAAGAUAUUCCCUGCAUGAAGCUGUGGAAUUUGACAGAUCCAUUGAGAGGGCAUCUCAGUUGACCAGUGAACUGGACACUUUAUCUGUAGUCACUGCUGACCAUUCACACGUCUUCUCUUUUGGAGGUUCCUCAGAGAGGGGCAAUCCUGUUUUAGGAACUUCAUUUGAAGUGGCUCUUGACAACAAACAUUUCACCACUGCCCUUUAUGGAAAUGGGCCGGGUUACCAGAUCGUCAACGGCACACGCCCAGACGUGAAUAAUACAAUUUCAACUAGCAAAGACUACCUGCAGCAGACAGCCGUGCCUCUCGAAUCGGAGAGUCAUGGAUCAGAGGAUGUGGCCAUUUUUGCAAAGGGUCCAAUGGCCCACUUGUUCCACGGAGUGCAAGAGCAGAGUUAUAUAGCCCAUGUCAUGGCCUAUGCUGCUUGCAUUGAACCCUACACAGACUGCCAGUUAGAGGUUGUGCCCCAUGAUCAUGCUAUUUCUAUGCACUUCGGCUUCCUAGUGUUGCCACUGGGAUUAAUGCUGUCUCUUUUGUCUGUGAUGUAA